UGGUUAAAGCAUAACCUGAAAGAAACAAAAUACGCAAAAUACGCAUAUUGUUUAAAUUUUAUAGAAUUUCAGAAAAACAAAAUAAUACGUUUAAAAUACAUGGAGCCGCAUAGUUGAAUGUUUAUUGUUCACUGUUCAAGAAGACAUUUUGGCAUUUCAGCGCUUAUAUCUCAGGCGCUAAUUGCCAAAAUUUUAUAAUAGGUUAUUUAAAUUUUAUAUUUUGAUAUGUUGAUGAAUUUAAAACCUGGAAAAUAUUUGAUGCCACUUUUGUGAAAUAUUAUGGAUAGUAAUAUACUGAUAAAGGAACAAUGUGGCUCUGUUGGAAAUAUCAUAGCCUAUGCCAGCAGUGGAAGAAAUGAAAUUAUUUGUAUCAAUCCAAAAAGAACCAUUACUGCACCCAUUCAUUUUAUUCUUCACUUCUUACGUGAAGUUUUACUGCCAUAUGGAUACCCAGAAAGUGUAAGCGAAGAUUAUUUAGAAUAUCAACUAUGGGAUACAGCUCAAGCAUUUUGUAGCACCAUCACAGGUGCAUUUACUACCAGAGCGGUAUUGAAAGGUGUUGGAGUGGGCGAUUCAGAAGCUACUGCAUUAUCUGCAGCUAUUACAUGGAUAAUGAAAGAGGGAACAGGGAUGCUGGGAAGGAUCAUAUUUGCAUGGUGGAAAGGAAGCGGUCUGGAUUCAGACUGCAAAAAAUGGAGACUAUUUGCUGACAUUCUAAAUGAUGUUGCAAUGUCAAUUGAACUUCUACUCCCGUUCAUUGGUGCCUUUUCUAUGCAAAUUUUGUGUGUUACUUCUGUGAUGAAAUCAAUUGUAGGCAUUGCUGGUGGAGCAACUAGAGCUUCCAUAACCAACCAUCAGGCAAUAAAAAAUAAUAUGGCUGAGAUAUCUGCAAAAGACGGAACUCAAGAAACUGUGGUAAAUUUAGUAGCAAGUAUUGCUAGCAUUUACUUGUUGAAUAUUUUCAAUGGAACAUUUUCGGAAUGGAUAUUUAUUUUUUCUCUCAUGGCACUACACUUGCUCACCAACUACUGGGCUGUAAAAUCAUUAAUAUUUAGGAAUUUAAAUGAUCAAAGACUAGCCAUAGUCCUCAGAACAUACCUUACAGUUGGUACUAUUAUGAAUCCAAAGAAAACUAAUGAAAAAGAAGUUGUGAUUUUAGGAUUUGGAAGAAAAGUAAGCGACUUCUGUGGUUUCAAGAUAGUAAUGGGAAUGUCACUGAAAAAAGUAUUACAUACUAUGGCGGCGGCCGAAUUUCUACAGACCUUGGCACUUUACAAAACUAAGAACUAUUUCCUAAUUGUCGAUAUUUCUAAUGGGACAAUUUAUAUCUCCUUUGAAAAGGGAGAAUAUCCUGAGUCAGUGAUCGCUGCUUAUUUUCAUGCAGUAGUUUUAGGAAUUGCAACCUGUAUAUAUAAUGGAAUGGAUUUGGACAUAUAUUCUAAAAGGCAACUUCAUCACCGUACCCCGAUAACUAGAUUGUACACCUUCAUGAAAUCAUUUGACAAAUCUAGUACAUACCAAAAUAUACCUUAUGAACACUUGGUAGACUUUGAGGAAUUCCUGAAAAAAGAAUAUUCCAUGUUUCAUACUGCCUUACAGCUGAAUGAUUGGGUUUUGACGUCGCAUGCUUUGAAUGUGGGCGAGUGGAGAACAGAAUGGAAAUCGUAUGACAAGAAAUUAAACUGAAGUACAAAACAUUUCCAAAAACUUUUGUAACUUUCCUAAUAAAAUACUGUGAGUAUUCAAGUUA